CACACGACCUUUACACAUAUCCACACGCACACACCUAGCUAUAUAUAUACACACCAUGGCUGACCCAAAUCCAAAUUCUCCAAAUUCUCUAACUAACGUGCGACAAAUAUUAUUAGACCAAUCCACACCAACUGUAGCCUCCCUUGACUUUCACCCUCCUCCCCCAACACACCAACCCCUUCCUCCUCAGCCUCCUCCUCUUCCUCCGCACACCCCAUAUUCUCUUCUCUCUCUUCAACACCAUACGUGUGAACUUACUGAAACACCCUCUCCCUCCACAAGAGCACUAGACGUUGACACAGUACCAAAGCCCACCACCAUGGCCUCAACCUCUUCCGGGAAGCACCCCACGUACCGCGGCAUCCGGUGCCGCGGCGGAAAAUGGGUUUCUGAAAUCCGGGAGCCACGCAAGACCAAGAGAAUAUGGCUUGGCACUUUCCCAACUGCGGAAAUGGCUGCGGCCGCCUAUGAUGUGGCCGCACUCGCUCUGAAAGGUGCCGAUGUUGUUCUCAACUUUCCCGGUUUCAUUGGAACAUAUCCAGUGCCAGCAUCCACUUCGGCACAAGAUAUUCGUAGUGCCGCAGCUGCUGCAGCGGCGACACUACGAAAGAAUGAUGACUCCGGAGAGAGCCCGGGACAGAGGCAGACGGAUGAUAAGGAAGAUGUGACGGUGAGUAAUAGUAUAAGUUUGGCGUCGUCUUCUGUGGGAGAUUUCAUGGACGAGGAAGAGCUUUUUGGGAUGCCGAAUUUACUGAUGGACAUGGCAGAGGGAAUGCUGGUGUCUCCACCGCGAAUGAACGACUCGCCGCCUUCGGAUUAUGACGACUCGCCGGGAAACUCAGACGGUGGAGAAAGUCUCCUUUGGAGCUAUUAAGUAACGAUAGCUUCAUCCUUUUUGUUAAUCAAUUAAUUUGCAAACGUACCCGAAGAAAUAAAUUUAGAUUAUUAUAAGAUGAAAGAAACAAACGAGAGAGAGAGAGAGAGAGAGAGAGAGAGAGAGAGAGAGAGAGAGGGGCACAUCUGUUAUGAACUUACGAUAGUUUUGAAAGUGAGGCAGUGAAUUGAGUUUCAAGAAGGUUGGGUGUGCCUGCUUUUUCUUAAUUAUUAUGAGUGCAUGUAAAAUAGUUUUGUCAGGUGUUUGAUGUUUUUUUCUGGGAAUUUUUAGUAUUAUUAAGAUUGUGCUUUUAUUAUUA